AUGUUCGACGUAGAAGGUACAGUCGCAAUUGUCACAGGUGCGCUUGGCGGGAUUGGAAAAGCAAUCGUCAGAUCUUUGCUCUCAAACAAAGUCAAAGGAGUUGCAUUGUUUGAUCUAAAUGAUGCUCAGGCUGAGGAAUUUCAGGCUUCCUUGGAAAAGGAAUUCGGUGCUAACAAGACGCUCUUCUUGAAGGUAGAUGUAACAGAUUUAGAAAAAGUCAAAGAUGCAUUUCAAAAGUGUGUAGACCAUUUCGGCAAUCUGGAUAUUGUAGUGAACAACGCAGGAAUUAUUGGAAAUAUCGAGAAGGUCAUCAAAAUAAAUCUGCUGGCGACAAUUCAAAUAUCAAAUUUGGCUUUCUUCGAUUUUCUUCCGAAGUAUAGGAAGGGCAAGGAGGGUGUCAUAAUUAAUAUAGCUUCGGUUGCUGGUGUGUAUCCACUCCAUGUACUCCCUGAUUAUACUGCAUCCAAGCACGGAGUGGUAGCAUACACUCAGGCUUUGGGAGUGAAUGGUCAUUACCAGAAUACUCAAGUGAAGGUCAUGGCUCUCUGUCCAGGAGGAACAGAUACUGAAAUUUUUAAAAAUGUGCCAGAAUACUACCAUCAGUUUUUUAAGGAUAUGGAGAACGUCGUUCAACCAACUGAAUUCGUUGGCGAAGGUUUGAUCAAGGUUUUGAAAGAAGGAAGUAAUGGUUCUGUUUGGAUCAGCAAGAAGAGUGAACCUACCGUCGAGUUCGACUACAAAUCAGAAACACUGCCGAUUUUGUCGAAACACGCCUUUUAAAAAUGUACGUCUAGAAAGCGUACAGUUGAUAGCCUAUUUGUUCAAUAAAUAUUUGUAAAUAAAUAAUAAACAAUAAUUGCAAUUGCAAAUUGUAUAAAUGUUGG